UGUGUAAUGGACGUUUUAGAGCUCGCCAAACCACAAUUCGCAGGAAUUAUUACUAAGAUAUUGGUUAACUUUUGUGCAAGACAACAAAGAAGAUCACGUAUGAAGUGCCAUCUGGCCCCAUAUGGACUGGAUCCCAAAGACGACGAAUACCAAGGGCACAUUACGCUCUCUUUGUCUGUGUAACAAAGCACCUUGUGCAUAUUCACAUCAGCGGUGCCAAAGAGGGAUUGAAAUCUUUUGUUCUUUCGAUGCUGACAUCAUAAAAGUGGGAUGAAUGGAGGAAUAAUUGAACUAUAAUCAAGACAGCACACCCUGUCAUUUGAAGAGCUGCUUUUUAGACCCGUCUGACCUACGGGAAGAACGUCAGGAAAAUUGUCGGGAAUAAGUCAACCCGGAAUCAAGCUUUCACUUGUGUCCUCCAGCCCCCGCAUUGCCUGUUUCAGACAAGCAGUGAGUUCGCAGCAGCAGCGCUUGGAGUCAGAUUACAUGCAACCAUUCCAAUGGUGUAACGGCUGCCUCUGUGGUCUAGGGCUGCAGCAUUCAGACUGUGAUAUGUCAGAGGAAGACAUCUACCGUUUGCCGCUCAACGUGUACGUCAUUGUACUGGGCAUAGGCAUGUUCAUCUUCAUGCUCAGUGUAAUCUUCUGCUGCUAUCUGUUCAGAUUGAAACAGCAAGGUACAAGGGAGCAGUACAGCUACAAUGAGGUGGUGUUGAAAGGUGCAGGAAAGAAGCUGAGCCUGCUGGGACAGCCCUGUGCCGUGUGUCUAGAGGAAUUUAAGACCAGAGACGAGCUGGGCGUCUGCCCGUGUUCACACACCUUCCAUAAGAAGUGCCUGCUGAAAUGGCUAGAGAUCCGCAGCGUCUGCCCAAUGUGCAAUAAACCCAUCAUGCGUCUCCACAAUGCUGACACCCCGCGAGGAGCCGAGGGGCUGCAAGACCCUGAGGAAGUGUGACCCCAGAAAUUGUACGGCCCACGGCCAGAUUAACACCCUCUAGUUCUGCGAUUGUUGGAACAGAUCAUGUGACCUGCCUAGGCUCUCCAAAGCCAUCUAUAUGCACCGCCACAGCGGACCGGAGUCAAGACAAACCAGGAUGACACUAGUGAUUCAGUAUAUUGCCAGUAGACAAACAUAAGAAUAAUCUCCUAUAUAUCGUGCCACAAAAAUCUUUAAAGUAGAAUCGUGCCGAGGUUCUAAAGCGAGAGACACACUGUGCAUGCUGGGUAACGAGAUCAAAAUGAGAGGUAAAUAUCUCAGGAGUUUGCCUCAGGGGAUCCAAGCAGGCAACAAAAGAAAACAUUAAACUUCGGCAAUUAAACUUCUGCUGUCGUUGGACAGCCGUAUAUAUGUAAUAAUAGGGUUGUAGGUGUAAUGCUGUUUGACCGGUACUACAAGGUCUUCAUCAAGAUCCUGCGUAGUCCUUACAGGAAUAUUAAAUAUGUAAUCAAUAACCAGCAGUUCUUAUCCACUAUCGUGUUCAUUGCUUGAAUUGAUCCCUUUUCACUGUUAUUUUGUAUCGUUUGUUUUUGAAUAAAAUGUCUUGUUUUUGUGGUUAACCUCCCUUUUUAUAAAAGAAAUGCUGGAUCCAGA